AUGGACGACGAAUCUUUGAACUUUGGCUCGGACGCCGCUGGCGCCACACCGCGAAGCAACUCGAUUCUUGCUCAGCCGCCGUUGCCAGCAGAAACCGGGUCGGGCGAGGAGGGUAGCUCUGGUGGACAAGUCCCUGAAUCUGUCGAUGUUUCCAUGGCCGAAAGCGGUGCUGACACGUCUUCUGCGCCUAUAAACAAGAAUGAUACCUCUACCACAACCCCAGCUGUUAUUUCUGACAAUCCCCUCGACGCUCCCCACGCCCCUCGACGGGAAGGUGACGAGGUCAAAGAUGAAGAGAUGGCAGAUACUCAGGGCGAGUUAAAGCAAAGCCAAGAGCUUGCCGCGCAAGGUGAAGACGGCCCCGUUGUAGCAACAGAAGAACAGGCGGAGAAGACAAAGGCGUCUAUCGAGUCAUCCGCACGGGAGCACCUCAUCUCUCAAUCGCACUCUAUCAUUCUUCCCAGUUACAGCACUUGGUUUGAUAUGAAUAAGAUUAAUGACGCUGAGCGAAAAGCACUACCGGAAUUCUUCAACAACCGAAACCGCAGCAAGACACCGGCUGUUUACAAAGACUACCGGGAUUUUAUGAUUAAUACGUAUCGACUCAACCCAAUCGAGUAUCUCACUGUCACUGCCUGUCGACGAAAUCUUGCAGGCGAUGUCUGCGCUAUAAUGCGGGUACAUUCUUUCCUAGAACAAUGGGGUCUCAUAAACUACCAGGUUGAUGCGGACCAUCGACCAUCAAACGUAGGGCCACCAUUCACAGGCCAUUUCAAAGUUAUCUGUGAUACUCCUCGAGGUCUCCAACCGUGGCAGCCGCAUACCGAUUCUGUAGUGAAGCAGGGUAGGCCCAAUGCAAAUACUAACGAAAAGGCUACCGCGGGGAAAACCCCGAAGACUGAUCUUAACCUGGACAUCGGCCGGAACAUCUACGAACCCACCGCGAGGGAUGGCAAACUGAAAGCUACGACAACAACCGAGAAGCAAGCCAAUGGAGACGGCCCUGCAACAAACGGAACAUCACCUAAAUUAAUCGAAGAUCUUGUCAGACCUUCCAUCCCAAAGAUCAACUGCUUCUCCUGCGGUAUCGAUUGCACUCGUGUUCACUAUCACAAUGGUAAAAUAAUCGAUUCUACACCUGGCAAGAACAAGUACAAUCUGUGCCCAAACUGCUUUGCGGAAGGGCGAAUGCCACAAAAUCAACAACAAAUGCAUUACACCAAGACUGAGAAUCCAACAUAUACAGGCAUUCCUGAUCGAGAAGCACCCUGGAGUGAUGGUGAGGUCCUUCGCCUUCUUGAAGCUUUGGAGAGAAGUGAUGAUGAUUGGACGGAGGUCGCGGAGUACGUCGGAACUAGGACCAAGGAAGAGUGUGUGGUCAAGUUUUUGCAAUUUGAGAUUGAAGACAAGUAUCUAGAUGCGGAGCCUAUCGAUUCGCUUGGAAUUGGCAUGUUAGGCCCCGAAGGCGGCCAUCUCCCUUUCAGCCAGGCUGACAACCCUGUCAUGUCUGUCAUUGGCUUCCUCGCUGGUAUCUCGCAACCCAGCGUGACUGCGGCGGCUGCUAACAAGACGGUUGAGGCGAUGAAGCAAAGCCUCCGGGAUCAACUCGAGAAACCUAAAUCAUCCGAGAAGGGGAAAGAGAAGGACACUUCUGAUUCGAUGGAGAUCGACAUUAGACACGAUGUCACAACUACGACCACCACGACUACCUCUCAUUCUCAACUUGCUACAGUCCCACUUGCAACCGUUGCCGCUCGAGCUGGCGGCCUUGCAUCACACGAAGAACGAGAGAUGACACGCCUAGUAUCCGCCACCGUGAAUGCCGAACUUCAGAAGAUGGAACUGAAGCUCAAGCAAUUUGCCGAGAUGGAGGAAAUCCUACAAGCCGAGCGCCGAGAGUUAGAGCGAGGCCGCCAACAGCUGUUCCUAGAUCGCCUAGCCUUCAAAAAGCGCGUUAAGGAUGUUCAGGAGGGUCUGAAGGCUGCAUCUACGACUGGAGGAGACGAGGCAAUUAGACUGGCACAGAAUGUGAUGACUGGAAGCGAGAAGCUGGCAUUUAAUGGUGUUACACCAGCCGCGGACAGUGUGCAGCCCUUAAGCGCGAAUGGGCAAAUAAAGAGCUAUGACGUUUGA